AUGGAUGUUCUAUGCAAUGGGACACCAUUUCUUCCUUGGAUCUGGGCCCCGUUGAAAAUGAUUCUUCAGCUGGCCCAAGAUCAUACUCACGCGCUAGAUAAACUAUUGUCUGCAUACGGAUCCAUUGGGGCAGCCUUGCCUCGCAUGUCGCGUUACAGCGAAGCGUUUCCAGAAAACUACGAACUUCAGCAAUUGCUAGGUCAUCUUUGUGAAGACAUCAUCGACUUCCAUAACCGCGCAUACUGUCUUUUGCGCAAGCCAGGCUGGAAGAUGUUCUUCUCGUCCGGGUGGGGUCGUUUUGAACACAACUUUGACAGCCUGAUUAAUGGUAUUGCUCGCAAUAGCGACCUCAUAGACAAGGAGGCGGCAUCCGUCGAAAUUGUUCGAGCCACAGAAUGGAGGGCAAAAUCUCGCGAAGACGCAGAGAUGCUAGAAAAGCAGCGACUCGCAGAUCAGCGUAAUGAGGUUCUCAAAUGGCUUCAGGAUGACAAUCUGAACCAGGAAAUGAAACUGGAAUGGUUUAGAAACCGAUGUUGCGAAGGCACAUCUCAGUGGGUAUUGAAGUCGCCCAAGAUACGAUCAUGGCUUCAACGGGGAAAGGGACAGCAAAUUCUUUGGCUCCAUGGCAAACCAGGCUCAGGCAAAUCCGUACUGGCAUCGCAGCUGAUCUACUUUCUUCGACUGGAUCGAAAAAGAGUGUGUCUCUUUUUCUUCUGCGACUACAACACGCCCAGUUUCAACAUCACCGUCCAAAUCUUGAGAAGCAUGUGCAUUCAGAUGAUCCAGGCUUCCCCUGAUUUAGUGCCUUUUAUUUACGACGAGCUUAUUGCCUCCGGUAAGGCAGUUUCACUUGGAACUCUGAAACCAUUGUUUUCCAAAUUGAUUUCGGCUUUCGAGGAUGUACGGCUUAUUGUCGACGGCCUAGACGAAAUCGACUCCGAUCAACAUAAGUAUGUCAUAGGAGAUAUGACAAAACUAGUUGAGGAGCAAAACAACUGCAAACUUCUCAUAUCUAGCCAAGAAAUCCCCACCAUUCAGGCAAAGCUAAGGGCAAAGCCUACUCUUUCCAUCGGAGCCGAGUCGUCCUCAGUUGCUGAAGACAUUGAAUUGGUUGUCAAAAGAGGACUUGAAGAAAUCAGGGACAGGUUCGACGAUGAAAUUCCAGAGAGGGUCUUUUCGCAUAUACAAGACUUUCUUCUUGCACAUGCCGACGGAAUGUUCCUCUGGGUUCAUCUUGUGCUCAAGCUCUUGGAAACAUCUUCGAGCAUCCGAGACCUCAAGGAAAAUGUUCAAAGCUUGCCAAAAGAUAUGGCACAAGCGUAUAAGAAGAUCCUCAUAAGUGUGACUAACAAGAUCCAACCCGAAAAGAUCGCAGAACUGCGACGGGUCUUUGGAUGGAUGCGUUUCAGAAAAGGCAAUUUGCAUCUACGAAAAUGCGAGCUUCGACUGGCGAUGAAGUUGCACGAAGACCAGUAUUUCGUUGACGAGGAAUCAAAACCCUUCGCGAAUGCUUUGGAUAUCUGCAAGCCAUUCAUAGAAGAUGGCCCCGGGGGAUCAGUUGUUUUCAUUCAUUCGACUGUUCCAAGGUUCAUGCUCUCUGAGCUUAGCGGCCCGUUCAUCACUCCACAUGAAGCAAAUCGUGACAUCACCUUGGCUUGUCUGUGUCAGAUGUCUCAAGGUUUCGACCUUCUUGCAAUCUCAGACAUCACGGAAAAUUUGUACCGUGUAGGCCAUGGUUUUCACGCUUUGCUACCGUACGCGAACGAGUACUGGGCGGAUCACUUGGCUUCUUAUCUCAAGAAGUGCCAGCAGGAUGAGAUGAUAACGAACCAUAUCAAGAUGCAAGCAAAGGCGACGUACAACAAAUCAAUUAACGACUUGGCUGCCAAAUGGGGGGGAAAGGUGGAGAACAUCCCGCCUGACCAGCUGGACACCUUUAAACGAAGCUGCAUAGUGCAGGCCAAGCAGCAGAUUGAGACCAUUUCGUUACGACGUAGAGCGCAGCAGCUACAGCAGAAGGAGCUGCAACGAAGGCAGCAGGAGCUGGAACAGAUGCUGCAACAGCAGUAG